GGGGGCAAUAAAUGGUUUUAGUGGUCGCGGUCAAACCAGCUGUAAGAGUCCUUUAAAUGAUCAGCUGUUUUUAUUUGUUAUGUCACCUUGAAGUUUGAAGGACUUUUUUCUUUCUCCAGCUUCCGCUCAGGAUGUCAUCUUAAUCCCCCUGCAGCCACCGGAAGCGCUAGAUAAAGCCGAGGUUGCAAAGUGCGUCACAGCGCUGAGAGCUGCUGCUGAAAGCCGAGUCUGCAGUCCAGCAUCGACAAGUCUUCUGUUUGCACAAAGAAGAAAAAAACCCUAAGCGGACGUGUCUCCUCUCUUCAAGCAUGGUGAAGAUCGCUUUUAACUCGGCUCUGGCCCAGAAGGCGCUGGGCAAAGAGGUGCCAUCCGCAGUGACGGAUCCUGAGCUGGCCUCUGCUCCAGCGGGUAACGAGGGCUCCACAGGUCGCUGUCUGCUCACCCUGCUGGGCAUCGCCUUCAUCCUCAGUGGGCUCAUCGUGGGGGGAGCAUGUCUCUAUCGAUAUUUCACCCCGAAGAGGCUGUAUCACGGCGCGAUGCAGUUCAGUGAUGUGUCGGGCGGAGCUGGAGGUGAGAGCCAGCCAUACUACCUGCCACGGGUGGAGGAGGAGAUGGAGAUCUCUGACAGCAUGGCUGUCAUCAGCGUCCCACCUCCUCGCUUCAGACCUGGAGACCCCGCUUACAUCCUCCAUGACUUCAACAGGAAGCUGACCGCAUAUCUGGACCUGACUCUGAGAACCUGCUUCGUGAUUCCUCUUAAUACCUCGGUGGUGCUCCCCCCUCAGGACCUCAUCGACCUCUUCUCGCAGCUGAUGUCUGGCUCAUAUCGCAGCUACUUGGUGCACGAGGACCUGGUGGUGACGGAGCGUAUCGAUGACAUUAAGCCUCUGGGCUUCUACAUCCGUCGGCUGUGCGAUGGAAAGGAAACUUACAGAAUGCAGCGUCGCUCCAGCCUGCCAGGUGGAGGCAUCCAGAAGCGCUCUGCCGACGAUUGUUUCACCAUCCACCACUUUGAGAACAAGUUCGUGACGGAGACCAGGAUCUGCAAGGCUUGAUGGGAGAGCGUGGUCAUGAAAGUGUGAGAAUGGAAGAAAGUGACAGAGAGAGAGAGUGGGAGGGAGUAGGCGAGUGGGAAGGAACAACUUUUAGCAGAAAGUUACUUUUGUAUAAAACUCUUAACUCUUUUUUUGCCUCCCCCUGCUUUAACCAGUGAUAAGUGAAUUUAAGUUACGGCAUUAUAUAGCUCAAGCCACCCCACUCCUCUGCUGUAUUUCCCUGAACCUGUAGAAGUCUUAGCUCUCUUGCGCAAAUAUUCAGUAGUUAUUCUUGUACUGAUAACCAGCGUCGGCCUGCUUACUAAGAAUAUACUAAGUUUCAUUUGUUGUAUUUUUCUGUUUGUUCUGUUGCUGCAGAAUUCUAGUUAUAACUGUAUUACAACAUUCAACCGCCUCCAGACGAGAGUUGUUAAUCCUUCUACUGAAUAUCCUCGUGUUACUGAGAAGUCAUUCAUAUCGGACCUGCCUGUGUGUGUCAGCUUACUGUUCCCACUAGAGCAGCCUUUGACAAGAUCUACUAUAUGUUAUAGUGUGAUAUAGCACAAGUCCCCCUGCAGAUGUGUUACAGUUACAGUACACAUGUAACACGGUCGUCAGCGUCUUUUUAAGGAUAUGGACCAGAGAUGCUCGAGACGAGAGCUCUCAGUCGCCACUUUUGUAGAUAUUUCCCAGAGUGCCCUGCUGCUCCCAGAGCCCUCUGCUGUCCCGCCGUGCGAUGACCUUUAUGUAAUCGAUGGUGUCAUACCUGAUGGUGAACAGUCCAGCACCCUAUGUGAGCAGUGUUUGUGUUUGUGUAGAGACUUCUUUUUGUGUGUGACGAUAAACCCGGAAGGUGAAAGGAGUGAAUAAGCUAGAAAGAGAAAUUUCAAAAAAAUUUAAAAACACUUUCUGUGAGAUUUUCAAUCCUUAUUUGUGAAUUUGUAGUCCCGUGACCUGAGAUGAUAGCUAUAAUGAAUAGCUCACUAUAAGUGGCUACAUGUUUUGCAGUGAAUCUGCAUUAAACACUCAGAGAAAAGACUGAAGGCAAAAAAACAAACUUUGAGUCAUUUUUAAGUGGUUUUCCACUCGAUGGCUGCACAGAAAGACAAUCAGACAGGAAGUGUGCUUGUAAAACUGUGUUUCUUCUGUCUCGGCUUUUUAACAAUACUAGAAGAUUAGAUAAAAACCAAUGUCGUGUGCAGCUACUGAAAUGAACUUCACUUUGUUGCUAAAUAAAGUUGCAUUUCUUUACCUACUGAA